AUGAAGCUCACACGCACCAUUUCCACUGUGGGCGUCCAUUGCGCCGGGGAAGUCGGCGACGCGAUAGUUGGCGGCGUCCUCAACCCACCACGCUGCAAAACAAUGUACGAAAAGCCACUAUACUUCCAAAACGAAGCAGAUGACAUCCGAAAACUCCCCAUGAACGAGCCCCGCGGCCGACCUGCCAUGCGCAUGAAUCUUAUCCUGCCCCCGACGAUGUUGCUUGAUACGGGGACGGUGAAGAUAACAGAGCCGGUUACCAAGUUGAAUCUUAAUACACCGGCUAGUCUUGUUAGCGUGACGGCGGACUGUGAGGAUGGAAAGUGUAAGGCUGUGGCGUUUAAUGAUGUGCCUGCUUCUGUGUAUAAGCUUGGUCUACCGGUUGAUGUUCCUGGGAUGGGUGUAACUUCGGUAGAUAUCGCGUGGAGCGGGAUGCAUUAUGCGAUUGUUGAUGCACGAUCUGUCGGUCUGGAGAUUAAGAAUGCGAAUGGACCGAAACUAAUUGAGAUUGGAGAGAAGAUCAAGCAGGCUACGGGAAACACCUAUAUACCAGUGCACCCAGGAAAUGAUAAGAUCAGAGGGGUUACCACAGUUGAACUCACCGAGCCUAUACGACAAGCUUUGGAUAGCACCAAGACAGCGGUAAACACUGUCGUAGUGUCUCCAGGGCGGUUCGACCGGUGCCCUUGCGGAACUGGGAGCUGUGCUAGACUGGCUGUCUUGCAUGCGAGAGGUCAACUACAGGUUGGCGAGAAGUUGGUACAUCAGAGCAUUAUCGGAUCAACAUUUGACUGUCAUAUUAGGGGAACGACUACCGUGGGUGGUCUCAAGACGGUCCUGCCUACGGCCAAGGGAAGCGCGUGGAUUACUGGCUUCAAGCAUAUGUCCCUGGAUCCCUCGGAUCCUUUUCCAACGGGCUUCCGGGUUGGAUAUCAGUGGCAUAUGCCGGAGCCUUCAGGGGAACGCGUUCUUGAAUAG